AUGAAAAUAAUAAUUCUUCUUGGACUCCUGAGAGUCAUAGCAUCAGCCCCACUCAUCCCACAGCACCUUGUGUCAGCAAGCAACAGCAAUGAGUUACUUCUGAAUCUUAAUAAUGCUCGGCUUUUGCCUCUACAGUUUCAGGGCCCAUUUAAUUCACUGACUGCUCCUUUCUCUGGGAUCCUGCAAGAGCAACAGCAGGUUCAAGUUCCUGGACUCUCCCAGUUCUCUUUAUCAAGUCUCGAUCCGUUUUCUGGACUGCUCCCAAAUCAGAUACCCAUUCCAGGACAUGCCAAUUUAGGCCAAGGACCUCAACAGAGCCAGUUCGACCCCUUACAGACUCAAGCACCACCGCAGAACCAUCAGGGACCUAACCAGGUGAUGCCUUAUGUAUUUUCCUUCAAAUUGCCGCAAGAACAUGCACAGAUGUUUCAAUAUUAUCCAGUGUUUGUGUACCUACCCUGGGAACAACCUCUACAAGCAGUCACGUCUACACAAUUACCUCAACAAGCAGGACCACAGCAGUUUGAAGUGCAGGUACCAUUUUAUACUCAAUUUGAAUAUAUUCCACAGCAAGUAGAACCUGUUACAACAGGAGGAAGACAGCAACAACUAGCUUUUGAUCCUUUCAUAGAUACAGCUCCUGAAACUUCUGCUAUGCCAGCAGGAAGAGUGAUAUCAUAUUUACAAAGAGAAAAGACAAACUCUAAGCAUGCCAGUGCAGGAAUUGUCAUGCCUUCAGCUUCACCAAAACCCAGCACAACCAAUUUUUUGGCUUCUGCUAUAGAUCAAACUAUUGCCCCAGAGUUCAUGGAACAAAAGGCCAAGACUAAUAGCUUAAGGGAACCAUGA